AUGGCAGAGGCAGAGGGUGCUGAGGACACGCCCAGGCCCAGGUCCCUGAACCGCCCAGACCUGGUCGCGUUGCAGAAUCUCAGCCUCCGUCACCCACUUAGCGUCUCAGGAAUUAAUUACCCAGGCUCCUGGCAAUUUGCGGAGGCCUGCAGAGCGAGGCAAGCAGCAUUUGAUGCCAAACAUCAGGAGAACCCUCAGAGGAUGGAUUUUGAUAUUUUAACAUUUACUACAGUUCUGACUGCGUCUGAAGUUACCAGUCCUCUGAUAGAAGAACUUGGCUGUGAUAAGUUUAUCAAUAGCUUCAAGAGAACCUGUGCAUUCAGGACAGUCAUAUCAAUCUGUGGUUGUGCACCUCUACCCCAAGCUGUUCGCCCUGAGUCAUCCUCUGCCACGAGCCCCUGCUCAGUCUGGGUAGGUAACCAGUUUGGACCAAGGAGGCGGAGCUUCCAGAGAGCCCGGGGCCCCAGGGUGUCCCUCCCCACAGUCUUCCUGAUUGAGGCCUUGGGGAGCUCUGUGCUCCUGCCUGUGGGAGCCAAGGUUGAGAACAUUCUUCUCUCCAUCAAGGCUCCAUCCAAGUCUUCCUCCGAGGCCUGCUGUACUGUCUUAGCGCGACUAGUGUAUCGCGUUGCCCAGCAACAUGGGAAUCAUGACCUCCGGGACUAG